GCUGUUGUUGCGGCCACGCGACCGGAGCCUUGCGUUUUUUACUGGCAUAUAUUUGCCUUUAGGCUUGCAUUAUGUUGACCAACAGGGUUUUUAUGAAGAAAACUAGAAAAGGCGGCAUCAUCAAGGUGGUACGCGAGCACUAUCUUCGGGAUGACAUAGCGUGCGGAAUCGCUUCCUGUGGACUGUGUACGUUGUCGGCGGAUCGAACCAGCUUGGAUGCGACCCCCAGUAGGGAAAGCAGCCUGUACGAUUGUCCGCACUAUCUGAUGUUGGACACGAACAUCAUUCUGUAUCAGAUCGAUUUUCUCGAGUCGGAUGCCAUCCGGAACGUGAUCGUGCUGAGCACGGUGCUGGAUGAGGUCCGACAUCGGAGUCCGGUAAUUUUCAAGCGGCUGAAGAAGAUUUUGGCCGAUCCUGGGCGAAAAUUUUUUACGUUUGUGAACGAACAUCAUCGGGAUACUUAUCUCAGCAAGGAUGUCGGUGAGUCAGCCAAUGAUCGGAACGAUCGGAUGAUUCGCAGAGCUGCGCUCUGGUACGGUCAACACAUCCGGCAGGCGGACUUGAAGAGUAAGUUGAAGGUUGUAAUAUUGAGCGAUGAUGCCGAAAACAGGAAUCGGGCACAGAAGGAACGUUUGCUGGUUUCGUCGGUGGCUGACUACGUCGGAUCGUUGACCGCACAUCCGGAGCUGAGAGAUAAAGUGUUCAACACUGAGAAGUGGCAGGAUGAAUCAAAAAUUAUUUUUCCGUCGCAUUUAACCGUAUCGCAGAUUCAUGAGGGUAUCAAGAAGGGUGAACUCAUGCAGGGAACUUUCUUUGCAUCUCGUGAUAAUUUCUUGGAAGGUAAUGUGCGGGUGGAAAGCUACGAAGAACCAGUUCUGAUUCAGGGUCGGUUGAAUCUAAACCGAGCGGUAGAUGGGGACGUGGUGGCUAUUCGAAUGCUGCCGAAAAAGGAGUGGAAAUGCCCCAGCGGAGUGGUUCUGGUGGAUGAACAAAAUGUGGAUGACGAUGAGGUGGAAACGGCGGAUCCGGAAUUCAAGCAAGGUUCUGCCGGCGAAAGAACACCUACCGCUGUGGUCGUUGGCAUUAUCAAACGUAAAUGGCGUCAAUACUGUGGCAUUUUAGCAGCAAAUCCUCUAGCAAAAACCACUAGACAUUUGUUUGUACCGUCCGAUAGGAAUGUACCAAGGAUUCGUAUUGAAACACGUCAAUCGGCGACGUUGAUUUCCCAACGCAUAGUCGUUGCUAUCGACUAUUGGCCGAGGCACUCAAAGUACCCUAUUGGACACUUCGUUCGCGCACUGGGAGAAAUUGGAGAAAAAGACACCGAAAAUGAAGUAAUUCUGCUGGAACACGACGUACCUCACGGAAGUUUCUCGGUCGAAAUUCAAAACCAGCUACCAAAAUUACCCUGGAGCGUAGAUCCCGACGAAUACAAGAAACGGGUUGAUCUCAGGGACAUUACCAUUUGUUCAGUGGAUCCGCCCGGUUGUACAGACAUUGAUGACGCACUUCACGCGCGAAGACUUGAUAAUGGAAAUAUAGAAGUCGGUGUGCACAUCGCUGAUGUUACGCAUUUCAUUAAACCGGGAACGCCUCUGGAUAAGGAAGCCGGUCUCAGAGCUACGACUGUUUAUUUGGUGGAUAAGCGCAUUGAUAUGGUGCCGGACGUUCUGAGUUCGAAUCUCUGCUCUCUACGAGGCAACGAAGAACGUUUGGCAUUUUCAUGUGUGUGGGAGUUGGAUGAUAACGCGAAAAUAUUGCACACGAAGUUCCACAAAUCGGUAAUUAAAUCGAAGGCAGCGCUAACCUACCAGGAAGCGCAGCUAAUUAUAGACGAUCCAACACAGACAAACCAAACGGCCAAGUCUCUGCGACUUCUGAACAAACUGGCUAAGCUGCUGAAGCAGCGCCGUAUCGAUAACGGCGCCCUGGUCCUGGCGUCGCCGGAAAUUCGCUUCAGUAUCGACAGUGAAACACACGAUCCAAUCGACGUAGUCGCCAAGAAAAUGCUCGAAACCAACUCUAUGGUCGAAGAAUUUAUGUUGCUAGCAAACGUUUCGGUUGCAGAAAAGAUCGAGCAGGAAUUCCCCGAAUGCGCUAUGCUUCGUCGUCAUCCCUGCCCACCGGACGCUAAUUUCGACCCACUGAAAAAGGCUGCUUCAUACCAGGGCUUCGAAAUAAUCACCUCCAGCGGAAAAGAGCUGGCGACUAGCUUGGACAAUGCCGUCAAACCGGACAAUCCCUAUUUCAAUACGUUGCUACGCAUUCUGACCACACGUUGCAUGAUGCAAGCGGUCUAUUUCAUCAGUGGAACCAUUCAGCAAUCGGAAUACUUCCACUAUGGAUUAGCUUCACCAAUUUAUACGCACUUCACAUCGCCAAUUCGUCGUUAUGCGGAUGUAAUUGUUCAUCGCUUGCUAGCAGCUUGCAUUGGAGCGGAUAGCACUUACCCGGCCCUUUUGGACAAACAAGCCAGUUCGCAACUGUGCAACAACCUUAACUAUCGCAACCGUAUGGCACAGUAUGCGGGUCGUGCAUCGGUGGCCCUACACACUCAUCUGUUCUUCCGAAACAAAACCGAAGACGAGCAAGGCUACAUUCUGUUCGUAAAAAAGAACGCUAUCCAGGUCAUCGUUCCCAAGUACGGUUUGGAGGGUACCAUUUAUGUGGCAGGUAAAAACGGCGAACAGUUGAAAAACGGUCCCAGUUUCGUGUACAGCGAAGAAUCGCAGACGCAGCGCUGCGGCAAUGUAGAGUUUCACGCGUUUGAUCCGGUUACGGUACGCUUGAGCUUGGACUCGACUAACGUGCAGCACCAGCGGUUGGUGUUCGAGCUGGUCGACCCGUACAUCGAAGGAUUCAGUGUAGCGGCCCUGGAAAGUGCAGAACAAGCCGGGGGUGAUGGCAAGACUAAACGGAAGAGUGCACUGUCAACAACGCAGGAGCCAGAAGGGAAACUACAUAAAAAAAGUAAAAAAGAUUCAGAAAGCACAAAGCGCAAGAAAAAGUAAACUUCUAAACAUAGAAUAGUUAUGCUAAGAAACAGAAAUUGAGAAUAAAAAAAGCACUGUAAUCAUUGUUUCUUGAG